AACAAAAGAUCGAAGUUGCGUGAACAAGUUUUGGAGUCUGACCUUACUUGGAAGAAAAUAACUCAAUUUGUCACUGGCAUUGUGGACAAGGAGCAUGAAGCAAUAAACGAGGGUCUAAAAGAAAUAUUACAGGCUGCAAAACAGAUUGUGGGAACUGACCAUGGACAUGAGGCAAUUGAAAGUGCAGCCAUGUUCCUCUUCAAGACUUUCUAUGAUAAAGAAACUGUCGGUCACGAAGAAACCAAGGCCAUCAAACAGAUGUUUGGUCCUUUUCCAUCAACAUGUGCUACAGUAGCAUGUAAUGCCACAUAUAGAAUUGUGUCACUGCUGACUGAUGAACAGCUUAAGAAACUCUCACAACAUUUUCAUGAGAAAAACAUCGACGAUACAGCAUUCUUUGGGAAAAAUGUCAUAUUUUCUGUGGAAAUGUAUGAGCUUGAAGAGACCGGAGAUUUGCCACUAAAUGGCAGCAUUGAGGCAGAUAAUGAUAUUAGUCUA